UCAAAAUGGCGGCCGUCUGAUGAAUGUUUUACCACGAAAUUCGUCAUGAUUUCUCGCUGGAAAAGCUAUUUACUAUCGGUUUUCUUGACCAGCCUUUGUACGUGGAUAAAUCCUCAGGAAGCUCUAGAAAAAUUUAAAUGUUCUGACCUUCUUCUUGGGCAAUAUCCUUUUUAUAGAUACGGUAUCUGUUGUGGUUUUUUGUGUAUAUGUGUUCAUCUGGUACUGUUUAGUGUAAUCUUGUCUUAGUAAGCUUAACAUAUUUACCAAGUUGUUCCUUGACUAACAUAUGUAUCGAUGUAGAAGUCCAGAAAUUGAUUCGUCUACUCAGGCAGCUGUUGACUGUUCCAAGAAUCACACCGUUGAAGGUGAUUUGAUGAGCACAAUGCAAUGUGAAUUAUCUGCAUGCUUGCAGACAGUGUUUUCUGAUUGACAUAACUUAAAUUUGCAUAAUGCAGCGAUGACAGCUUACUUGAACUCUCAAAUGGAACGAAAAUAAUCUUUGCGUUCAACUGUAGUACCUUAUUGAAACUAGGUUUGAUGUUUUAUACCCAGUAAGUUAUUUAUUAAGUGAUUUUUUAAAUUGAGUUUUCAGUAUUUACGUUUAUCCAUCCUCGGGUUUACAACCACGUUCCAUGGUCAGAUCGUUUCAUUUUAUAGUCAGAUUGUUCUACAGUUGCGGUGGAAAACCUUAUGUGAAAGAUGCUUUUUUGGCUUAAAGAACGAGGUAUACACAGGAGCAAUGCUCUAACUUCUGCUCGUGGCUGAAAUACUGCUGAAAAGUUCUGACAACAUUGUGGAACAAUCUGGCUUGUAAUGAUUUGACCAUGGAAGGCAGUGACUGCAUACCAAUCCAUAAUGUAUCUAGAUACUAAGAGCUCAUAAAACUUACUGUGCCUUAAGUUGUGCAAUGAAAUUUGUGGCUUCUUUCCCCACACCUUAGUAAAAUCUGGAUGCCAAAGAUAGUGACCUGUAGAAGUGUUUUUUAACAUGUGAGAGUUUGAGCUCUCUAUUAGAGCUUGAUUUUCAAACCUGCAUCUCUUAGACCCUCUCAGCUUAGGCAAAAUGCCAUUUGCAACAUCCUGGUGUUGUUACCAUUUAGCAUUUUAUCAUGGCCUAUUAACAGAUGGACUAUAUUUCGCACUUGUACAGUUGCAUGGUUUCUUUACUUUUUUUGAAUUAUCAAAUAUUAUAUUUUCUCUAGUGGAAUGUGACACUACAGCCAUAGGCAAAGAUGGACAAAAUAUAACCAAAUGCUUUAAAAAUGUAACAUGCCGCUACACGUAAGUAAACUUCUUUUGUACAUGUUAUCUACAACCUACAGUAAUGUGUUGUCUGUGUAGAAAAAUCCUUAAAACAUGUACAUUAUAAACCUCAGUUCUUAUUCAAUUUAUUAAUUAAUCUUAAGUAUUAUUUUGCAUUAUAUUGCCCAAGAUACAUGUAAGCUUUAAGAUGGGUAUCAGAUUCCGUUGAAUUAACUGCUGAAGUAUUCAUGAAGGUUUAUUUCUUGAAAGUCUUUGCAAUUAGCAGGCCUGGAAAGUUCUUUUUUGUUUGCUGAAUUUACAGUCAAGAUGAAAGAUUAAUUCAAUAGCAUUGAACGUCCUGUUAGUUCUGUGUUGAACAGAAUUAACUGGUUUGUCAGCUGCAGUGUAGGAUCCACUCUACAUUUUUGAUGUUAAAAUCUGGCUUUAGUAGGACCCAAAAGCUAAAGAAAUGAGCCCCUGGUGCUAGCAAUUGAAAGGAAAAAUACUAGCCUUAACCUGAAAGAGACCCAAAAGCAACUAUUCUUCUUAGUAACAUGUUUUAUCUUUAAAUUAUCUGCACAGCAAUGGUCAUUCUUAUGAAACUGCGCUUUUGCUGUCAGUCUUUCUUGGAAUGUUUGGAAUCGAUAGAUUUUAUCUGGGAUAUCCAGCAAUAGGUAAGAUGCAUAGAUGUGCACAUACUUUGGCUGAAACUUGUACAUCUUUUAUGUGAACAUAAAAAAUAACUGUGAACAUGAGAAAUAUUUUUGGAAUGUUAUUGUGUUGCAUGGGAAAAGCCAAUCUAAAGAAUGAAAACAAAAACUGAACUGCAGGCAGCCAUGGUAAUAUUAGUUUGAGGUUUUGCAUAGUAGCUUGCGUCAUUUUCCUGAUCUCCAACUGAAUUUGUCAUAACACAAUAAAACACAAUAAGUUUUCCUAAAAUACAGUAUUUCAAGCUUUCGUGGUUCUCUGUGUUGACAAAAAAAGAUGGAAAUUCUUUUUCUCCUUUUUAAUGAGGAAUUAUUUAUUAUUUAAAUUGAUAAGUGAUCAUUAUUAAUUUUCUGAUAUGUGAGGUGCCUUUCCUCUUAAUUUUUAGGCCUGCUGAAGUUUUGUACUUUGGGCUUUUUCUUUGUAUUUCAUCUUGUAGACAUUGUAUUGAUAGCGACUCAGGUGAGAUACUACAGUUGAUCAUCAUUAGAAAUGACUUUCAUAAAUUAAUAAUGGGAACAGAUGGCUUAAAAAAAAAUUUGAAAUGGAAAUUUCACUUUCAGUCAAAGAUGACCAUUUUCCAAUGGUAGCCUUAAUCAAAGUACAGCAUAACAAUAUUGUUGAUUUGGUUGUCACUGACAAUAUUAUGCUAAACCUUAACAUGCAAAAUACGAAACCAGGCACUUUGUAUAUUAUAUAAUAUUUAAAAGAACUGUGAGUGUCUCUGGUACCUUUUCAAAAACUAUUAAAGCACAGCAUGUGUUUACUGCUAUUUAUUCACAAAGACAAUCUAAAGAAGCACCAAAUUAAUGCGAUGCAUUUGUUUGUUUAACAGGUUGUUGGGCCAGCGGAUGGAUCAGCAUAUGUCAUUGAUUACUAUGGUCCUCGAUUGACCCACAUCGCAAAGGAUAUGGACACAUAUUUCAAACCACGAGAAUGACAUUACGUGCAUCACUUCUGGCAACAUUCUUAUUGUACAGAAAAAAUAAUUGAUAGUGAGAUUUUCAGGUGCCAGCAGCAACGAACUGACGAAAUCUUACUGUAGAUGGUUGAAAGGAGUAAUAUUGACAAAUUAACUCAAAGUCUUUGACGGGACUGGAGGAUUACGAAAGGUGGUCAGGAAGGUCGCAUACAGUGUCUGAAGCUGCAAUGAUCAUUAGCAAAUUACACAAUUUUUAGUUUCUCCAUUAAAAAUUGGAAAAUAUUGGAAAAAUAGUUAUGCUCAUUUGACAAUGAAACUUCUUAACUGAUCAAAAUUCUGCAACUGAAGGUCUAUUUAAUGCAUUGAUUCUUUUUUGGGAGUCCAUAUUCUUGAAAAAAAACAUUUUUUGUUUCUGACAGAAACAGUAAUAACCGAUUAUUUCUUGUGAGUUUCGGGCAACGAAUGUCCUUGAAAUUAAGAUUGUUUGGCGUACCAAUUUAUUUGUAAAAUAUAAUUUGUAAGCAGUGCUGCAGCUGUACGUUGUAAAUAUUAACUGGAAGCUAGGUACAUGUAGUGAAAAUAAUAAAUUAUAGUAGUUGUAAAAGAACUUGAAGUUUUUAGUUACGUUAGGUUGCGUUUAUUUGGAGCACUAGAGACAGUGUGGAAAGUUAAACAUCCUUAUUAUCAAAUAGAUUCCACUUUCCCGAGUGUUCAGCUACAAAUUACAGUCUGCCUUGCUGUGAUUACACCUUCCAAUCUAGAUACGCCUUGGUAGAAAUUAGAUUAUUGUGCAGUGUCAAAUAGUUAAAUUGAAACCGAAGAAGCUUUAAAAAUUACAGUUGACUCUGUUGUGUAUAUUAUGUC